UCUUAUUCCGUUCCAGUGUGUGCGCGGCGCUAGCCUUUCCUUGUAUGGCAUAAACGAGCCUUCGAGCCGUUGGUGUGGUGGGAGCGAAGACGAUCAUCGCGCCUACUACGUUAUAGUGGACUGGUGGUGCGUGGUUUCGUUGCCGAUCCACCACGCACUCGGUACAGUGACGCGCGCCAGGCUACAUCGGAACGUCGAACAACAUCCCUGCUCCGGAAGGCUGCUGGCAGUCACCGUGGUAACGCCAGGAAACCGUACAAAGGAAAGAAAUCCAUUUCCCAACACCAUCCACCGCGCAUGGUUUCGGUAAAUCGGAUUUACUUUCAAGUUCUGGCUGCAGUGGCGAGCACUGAUACUACGCGGGCGACAACGACGACAGUAACUUUGCAACCGGCAGUCUAACCAGUCAGACCACACCAGGGCGGCAACAAUGAUGGACAGCAUGCAGACGGGAGUGGUGAAAUGUGGCGGCUAUCGGUAUGACGAUGGGACGCGCUACAUUGGCGAUUGGAACCAGCGGGGCCAAAAGCACGGCAUGGGUUCGAUGAUGUUCUCCGACGGUACCCGGUACGAUGGAGCAUUCAGCAAUGGCGUGUGUUCCGGGCUCGGCGUAAUGUGCUUUCCAGAUGGUGCCAAGUACGAGGGUGAGUUUAUGCAGGGCUGGUUCCACGGGCACGGUGUGUUCUGGCGGGCGGACGGCAUGAAGUACGAGGGCGAGUUCCGGGGCGGACGCAUCUGGGGUCUGGGACUGAUUACGUUCAGCGACCAGAGCCACGGAUUCCCGCGCAACGAAGGCUUCUUCCAGGACUGCCGGUUGGUGCGGAAGAAGCGCUGUCCGGAUGUGAUUAACCGGGCGCAGAAGGUGGCUCUAAUGGCGCGCGCCCAGUGCGAUCAGGGUAGUUAGAUUGGUUUCGUGGCAUUCGGACGCAACCUUUGCCGUUCGUCGUAUGUUUGUUCUGUUUUUUUGAACAUUUUGUUAAGUAGUAUGUUAGUGGUUCUUUUCGUUUUGUUUUUUUUUAUCGUUGUGACAAUUAAGUGCUUGUACAUAAGAGCAUCAAACCAAGAGAUUAGAGAUAGUGAAUCGCGUGAGAUUGUUUGCAUCGAAUAAAUCUAACUACCUCUA